AGACAUAGUUUCAAAGUCACUUCCCAACUUAAACUGUAAACAUGUAUUUUCCAAACAUGUAUUUUCCAUUUAUUCUCGAGAAAGCUUUUUGUGAGGAUUUGAGCAUAACUUUGGAAGACCUUGACGUUCACCUCUGUUUCUCGGUUCUAGCAGCAGGUGUGAACCCCCUCCAGCUGCAGAACUUCGCCACAUUAGCGGCUGCUGCGGCCGCAGCGCAGAGCUCUGGCAGCCCAAAUUCCAGCAACGCUAUGUCUGCAAACAGCGCAGCCCUGGGAGCCCUGGCUAGUCCAGUUGGAUCAUCUGCAUCCAGCGCCGGGGCUGCCAUGAACACUUUGGCCUCUCUGGGCUCCCUGCAGGGUCUCACUGGGACCUCAAUGGGCCUCAACCUCAACGCUCUCUCCAACAGCGUCAGUGUGCGUGAUCCGUUCGCUUCUCUCGGUUUGACAGGUAUGGGGGGCAUGAAUGGCCUGGCAGCCUCAAUGGCCAACGGAUCAGCCGCCAGCUCCAUGGACGCCCUGACCCAGGCCUACUCAGGGAUGCAGCAGUACACGGCCUCCCUGCCCUCCCUCUACGGACAGUCCCUCCUGCAGCAGCAGAACAUUGCUGCAGGGGGUCAGAAGGAAGUAGGGCCAGAGGGCGCUAACCUGUUCAUCUACCACCUGCCCCAGGAGUUUGGUGAUCAGGAUCUUCUGCAGAUGUUUGUGCCUUUCGGAAAUGUGGUCUCUGCCAAAGUCUUCGUUGAUAAACAGACCAAUCUGAGCAAGUGCUUUGGGUUCGUCAGCUAUGACAAUCCCGUGUCUGCGCAAGCUGCCAUCCAGGCCAUGAAUGGUUUCCAGAUCGGCAUGAAGAGGCUGAAGGUUCAGCUGAAGCGCUCCAAGAACGACAGCAAACCCUACUGAUCCUCGCCCCGGGGCCCCCCCCUCCCCAGCUCUAUGCUAGCACUGCUAGGGUAAGUUCACCCUCCAGCCAAGGUCACCACAGCAGAGACUCAGUGGGGCAGGGGGAAAGGAGCCCGCCACAGGAGGGAGAAAAAUUGGUUGCAAUGAUCUUUCUACAUUUUACUGUAUUUCAUUCCUGCGGUUUUCUCAUGUAAUUUGAGUCGGAUUUAAUAUUUUAAUGUAUAUGAUUAUUUAUGACUAUCACUGGAGUCGGUGUUCGCUGGAGGUAUUUUUGUGUCACUGUAAUUAGUGGAGAGCAUCAGGUGUGUUUCCAUGCCAUUUCGUUGCCUUCAGGUCAAGCUAGAACAGGUUGACUAAGGAUCAGUUGUCGUUGACACCAGGCCACGCAGACCCCGAGCUUCAACCUGUGUUUGGCUUUUUACAUUUAGUCUGUCCGUUUUUCAUCCUUAAUGUUGAACUCUUUUGCACUCUAGCCCCGCCCCCCCUCGCCCAUCUUUCCUCUCUCCAUCUGCCACCUUUCCCUCUCAUUAUCUAAGCCAUGUUGAGCUAGGCUACCUCUCUUUUUUCUAUUAACCACCUCUUCCAGUCAUUCCAUCCAUCCAUCCUCCGUCUGCCUCAGGGCGACGGGCUCUCCAUGGAUCUCUUUGGGUGCCAAGUAUUCAGUCUGCAUGUUUGAGUCUCUGCCAUAUGUCGUAGUGGUGUCACUUCCGUACAUCCGUGUAUCGUUUUUGUGUGUCGGGUCUGUGGGGGGGAGGAGGGGGGGAAAUGUUUGUGUCCUUUACUGUACGUGGUGAUUGGCAUUGUUUUUGUUGGUUUUUGUGCCUCAUGGCUAAACGAUUCUUGUGCUGUGGCCCUAACUUUCUCUCCUCUUUGUCCUCUCUCUCUCUCUCUCUCUCUCUCUCUUCCUGUCGUGUUUUUGUUCCUUUUUUAGAACAAAUCUCCAUGCCUGUUUGCUCAUCAUUAGCCUAGCAUGUCUUCAUGAUGUUGAAAGCCAAGCCAAACUCCUGGCCUCAUCAUCCCACCAUUGUCUGUGAUGUCUCUCUAAGCUCGCCUGACCAAUACCUGGCCACCCACUGACCCUUGACCUUAGCUCAACCUGAUUUCUCUGCAUGUAUAUUCAUUUUGUUUUUUCUUUCUGUAUAGAAAUGUGACAGGUGGGAGAGAGGUCAAGCAAAUCAAUGUGAAAACGUACCUGCGUUGAAUUCAUUUAAGAUACCUUUUUUGUUUUUGCGAAUGUUUUAAAAACCUGUGGGAUUUCUUAUUUUUAAUUUAGCUUUUUGGUUUCUUUUUACCUCUCUCAGUAAAGUUCACUUGAAAGUUGAAUACAGGGAUUGGCACACAGCUGUGCUAUUUGGUGCCAUUAGCAAUAUGUUGGCUUAUUUAAAAAAAUAAUAAAAAAAUGAAAUGCUUCAGACCACUUUCCAACGCUUUUGAAAGUCUGGCCAGUAAAACCCCUCUCAGUGCUCUGUGAUCUCUACAUUUUGCGGGCAGUGUGAAGAUUUACACCAAGGCUAUUUCAAAAUAUAUUUUCACUUAAUUUACAAAAAUA